AUGACAGACAUUCCGCCACAGCAGCACGUUAUCGAAGAGAGUAACUUCAAUAUAAAUGCCGACCCAAUUUCAAACAAGAGUUCGUGCUCGAUCAAGACACCCCUACCUUUCUCUUCGCCGUCUUCAUCUGUAUAUUCCUCGUCGGAGAAAGGUUGUACACCUGCAAACUAUGACUUACUCAAUAACACAAAUGCCAGUGUUAGAUCAAUCUCUAGCAGUCUCCUCCAGGGCGAAAGCAGAAGUGCGCACAAAAACGGAAAUAACGCAAGUUUGACAAGCGUGAGGAAUAUUAAAGGCCGUGAUCUUAGUUAUCAAAAUGCACACCAACCUCAUUAUCACCAGAAUGACUCGGAACAAUGGUCUCAGUACUCGUCAGCCUCGACCACGUCUUCAUUUCUGAAAUCCAUAAGAAGCCACAAUCCUUUCAGAUGGUUACUUCGUCGGUCAGACUCUCGUUCUGGUUUGAUGACUAGAAAAUUCGCUCUACAGCAUCGCCAGAAGAUGCAACAGUCUAAAGAGACUGUAGCAGAACGAGAGAGACAGAGCCUCGCUGACGGAGAAAAGCAAAUUGAGAAUCUUCGCUUUGAAAAGAAUGGUCAUUCCGUAAUUGGACUCGCUGAAAAACUUGAAAUGCUAGAAGGAAAAAUCGAUUAUUUAUGCUCGUUGCCUGCUUUUGGAAUGCCCGGUAUCAACCCUUCCAGAUUUUCGUCCCCAGGAAAAGGGCCAAGUAAGGAAACAAAAGGCGCAGAAAAGAAUGCUGGUGUUCAAACAGACCCCGAAAUACUUUACCAAUGCCAUAUCGAAUCGGAUGAAGGCAAACAACAAAAACAAGCUAUGACAACUAGGGCCAGGCAUUUGACGAACAUGAACACAAAUCUCUCAUCUUUAAAUGCCCUACUGUCAUCCGAUCUAUGCAGGUUGCGGAAUACUAUACAGGAUCUCCAGGCCGAACUCUGUGUGACACGUCGGACUAAUACGGUGUUGGAAAAACGGCUUGGUUCGUAUGAAGAACGUAAAGUGCAUAUUGAUUUGCAAAUUAGAGUUAUUCAGCAACUGGGGAGGUUGUUGGGUAGAAAGGAGGAGCAACUUAGGCUCGAAGAAAAGAAGAUGGAAAUGUAUACGGAUAAAUUGAAUGGGCUUGAAGAUGGGAUCGAAAAAUUAAGGAUAGAGCUGAAAAAUAUUCUACCAGCAAAACUUCAAGUAAAAAAUCCGUUGGUCGAUAAUUGA